AGUUCACGGGAUGCCAUAAACUGACGAUUCUUUUCCCUCAUCACCAUCAUCUUCCCAUCCCCGUCACCAUUUCACCUGUUAUGGGCAGUGGACACACAAGGCUUUACGGCACCACCCCAUGUCCUGGAGCACAGCAGCCUCGGGCUAGCCGGCCUCCGAGGGUCAAGCUCAGCGCCAAAGCCCUGGAGAUUCUGAAGAUUGAAAGACGCACUAAGGCAACCUCCUACCAAGUUGAUCUUGACGCUGCCUUUGCCAAGAUCGAUGCCAUGAAAUAUGAACUGGCGACAAAAUAUAGCAAGAGUCUUCGCAGUGUAGCGUCAGACUUGCACUGCGGACGCGGAAGCCUGACGCGAGGAUCUCGUACCAAACUCAACCCUUGGAAUGCCUUCAUUUGGAAGAUCGGCGAGAUAAGACGCGAAGAGGGUGAUACACAGCAUGCCGAGGGAAAGGAAGUUCUCAAAGGCCUCACCGGCGAUGCAGACGCACGUGCAGAGUACCAUGCACUCUCAGCCGCCGAGAAAAAGGAGCUUGUAGAAGAAUUCAAAGCCCAUAAAGUCCGGGAAGCUAAAGGGCACCGUGUUUCGUCGAAAUCGCGUGCCAAUGAUAUCGCGUAUGUGACGUCUACGUGUGUCAACGAGCUCGAUAAUAUGCGUGCCCGGACAGGUGCCGAGUCAAUCUUGCUUGUUGUUCGCGGUACCACAGACAUAUCCACAAAGCCGCGCUUUUAUGCUACCGAGGGAGUCAACAGUUUCAUCAACACUUGUCUCAAGAUGGAUAUCGGAGACAUUAUGUCAAAGCUGGAAGGUUUCGCGUUGACCGGUCUGCAAGGGGCCGCACAAAAUCACAAAGAACGCGCAAACGCCACUCGAGGUAACGUUCGCGAGUCGAUCGUAAAGAAGCUUUCUGAAGCAACUGGUAUUACGAAACCCGUGAUGGUUUGGACAAACAAGUAUGAAUUGAGUUUCAAGUACAAAGUUGCCCUCGACGGAUGGCCAGCCCACAUACCCUUCGGAAACCUCAGCAGUGUCGUUCGGUCCCUCCCCCACUACGAGGAGCUCUUGCGGCUCUGCGAGAAUGAUACGAUAAUGUUCCGCCGACUGAGUGAAGAUGAGGUUGAAGAGCUUCGGAAGGAGCGUGACGGGCGCAUCAAUGCUGGAGAGGAUGCUCCACCGGCGCCAAAGAAGGCCAGGGCCGACAAGGGUACGAAGAGGAAGAGGUCUGGCAGAUCUGAGGAUGAUGGUGCAGCAGGGAAGAAGAAAGCCGGGAGGAAGAAGGGCGGAAUCAAGAGCUCCGAGCUCGUGAGCGACGAGUCAGAGUCGGAGGAUGACGAGAACCAGGAAGGCAACCCUGUCCCUCGCGACUCUCAGUCAGAGGAUACCGAACACCAGCAGAGCAGCCCCAUUCCUCGCGAGCCUCGUCUUGAAGACAGACCGGCCGGUCCAACAGUCCACGCUCACCUGCAGGCCCCCUCGAACGAGCGCAGAGCGACUUCUGCUGUCGCUAUCAACCAGCGCUCUAGCAGCGCGAGCGACGAGAAUGUCCCUCCCAGCCCUUCCACCCCAUCUGACCCCAUACCCAUGUCAUUCGCAUCGGACGCUGUUCCGUCAGACUGUGCAGUGGCCACCACUGUGCUCGGCUCUUCCGCGUCGUUCAACAUCCCAUCUGGUAUCAACACCCCACUUCUCUCGAACGCGAAGAUGCUGUCUCUGCCGCCGACGGACCUAUUCUACCCGAACACCAUUAAUAACAUGAACAAUUCUGACGCCUUGGUCUCGGUGAUCCCAUCUCCUCUUCCAAGCGCCGACUUGUCGUCGAUACCUGCAUCCUCCGAUGCAUUU